CAUGUUCGAGACGUUCAACUUUCCGGCCGUGUAUGUCGCUAUCUCAGGCAUACUGUCCAUGUACGCCUCCGGUCGCAACACAGCGAUCGUGGUGGACUCCGGGGACGGCGUGACCCACACCUUGCCGGUCACCGAAGGGUACACCCUGCCUCCUAGCACUCUGCGUCAGGACCUGGCCGGGAGGGACCUGACGGACAACCUUAUGGGGAUAUUAGGAAAGAGGGGAUACAGCUUCAGUAGCACAGCUGAGAGAGAAAUCGUCCGUGACAUCAAGGAGAAGUUGUGCUACGUCGCCCUGGACUUCGAGCAGGAGAUGGUCACGGCCGCCUCCAGUUCCAGUCUGGAGAAGAACUACGAGCUGCCGGACGGACAGGUCAUCACCAUCGGUAACGAGAGGUUCCGCUGCCCAGAGGCGCUGUUUCAACCUUCCUUCAUUGAUAUUGACUUACUUGCGUAUGGCAUCCAUGAACUGACGUAUGACGGCAUCAUGCGGUGCGACAUUGACAUCCGUAGGCAUCUGUAUCCUAACAUAAUCUUGUCGGGCGGCAAUACCAUGUUCCCAGGCAUCGCCGACCGUAUGCAGAAGGAGAUCACCGCCCUGGCACCCAGCACCAUGAAUAUCAGGGUCAUCGCUCCUCCCGAGAGGAAGUACUCCGUGUGGAUCGGCGGGUCCAUCCUGGCCUCCCUGUCCACCUUCCAACAGAUGUGGAUCAGCAAGCAAGAGUACGACGAGUCCGGGCCGUCUAUCGUCCACCGUAAAUGCUUCUAGGUCUUAAGUACAAUAACAAGAGGAAAUAUAUUGCAAGCUGUAUAGCUGUAUAAUAUUUUGUUACAAUGAUAUUAAACAUGAAAUAUCUAGCUCAACCUGUUGUAUUUAUUAUGUAUCUUUGUAGCUAGAGUCUAACGUUUUAAACUCUCUUGUAUGAUUGACGGCGUUCGUUGUCCUGUUGUCUUUUCGGACGCAAACACAUACUCCAUAAUUGGUCCAAAGAUGCUGAUAGAAAAACAAAUAAAGAUUUUCUUUUGUAUUUCUAU